AUGGCGAAACCAAAAAGCGUCAAGUUCCAACACCGCGCCAACGGCGGCGGUGCCGAUGCCAGGCGACCGAGCUCUUCAACCGAUGCAUCCUCCGAACCCGCAAGCCCGCGCCGGGAGAUCCGCGAUGCCUUGACAGACGAGAAGAAACCUGCAGCGUCAGAAUACGAGAAGAAGAAGCAGACGUUUAUCACGCGUACGAUAUGGACCCUGAUCAUGAUCGCGGGCUUUUUUGGAUUGCUGGCCGCUGGCCAUGUCGCGAUUUUGGGCGUCAUCACGGUGGUCCAGAUCAUCUCGUUCAAAGAGGUCAUCGCCAUCGCGCAAGUGCCUCAGAAGAAGAAAGCACUCCCGCUUACAAGAUCGCUGAACUGGUACUUUUUCGCUGUGACCAUGUACUAUCUCUAUGGCGAGAGCGUGCUGUACUACUUCAAGCACAUCCUGCUGGUGGACAAGGUUCUGCUGCCGUUUGCAACUCACCAUCGCUUCAUUAGCUUCAUGGUCUACCUCAUGGGAUUCGUCUUCUUCGUGGGCUCUCUCAAGAAGGGCUCUUACAAGUUCCAAUUCCGCCAGUUUGCAUGGACGCACAUGGCGUUGUUCCUCAUUGUCUUCCAGGCACAUUUCAUGAUGAAUAACGUCUUUGAAGGACUGAUCUGGCUCUUCCUUCCCGUCUCACUAGUCAUUACGAAUGACAUCUUUGCCUACAUCUGUGGCAUUACCUUCGGCCGCACACCCCUCAUUCAGCUGUCUCCCAAGAAGACAGUUGAAGGUUUUGUGGGAGCAUGGAUCUGCACCGUCAUCAUAGGCUACGGCCUGACCAACUUCCUCAUCAAGUAUCCCUACUUCACUUGUCCUGUCAGCGACCUGGGCGCAAAUGCCUUCAGCGGCUUGACCUGCGAGCCGAAUCCAGUGUUCAUUGCGCGGCCAUACCAGCUCCCAGAGUGGUCCCACAUCGACCAUACAUUCUGGAUCGAGCCCAUCCAAUUCCACAUUUUUGUCCUGGCGACCUUUGCGUCCCUGAUCGCGCCCUUUGGUGGUUUCUUCGCCUCCGGGCUGAAGCGGUCCUUCAACAUCAAAGAUUUCGGCGACAGCAUCCCCGGCCACGGCGGCAUGACCGACCGCAUGGACUGCCAAUUCAUCAUGGGAACCCUCGCCUACAUGUACUACCAAAGCUUCAUCGCUGUCUAUAAGACAACGCCGGGCAGCAUUAUCGAAUCUGCAAUGUGGGGAUUGACGCCCGAGGAGCAGAUGGAGGUCAUCAGAGGUCUGGGCAAGCACUUGUACAACCAAGGCAUUGUCUCUGAAAAAGUGAGUGUGCAUUGUUGA